UGCAAUAUAUUGCUGUAUGUUGUUACCUGAAUUGGUCACGUGGUAUCGACGAUAAAAAGUGCGGUUUGUGAUGUACGAGUUAGUGGUUUGAAAUGGAUUUGACUGGCUACGUCAUCAUGUUGGUAAAGACAGAAGAUGGGUUUGUUAAAUUAUAUGGCUCCCCGGCUGAUCGGUCUGAGUUAGAAAUUGGAGACGAAAUCUUAGAAGUCAACGGUAAAAAUCUAGACCACAGCACUCACGCUGAUAUCAUCUCUUUUAUUCAUUCGUGUAUAAAGACAAAGUGUAUUCGUCUGAGGGUGAAACGUAAACCAAAAGGGAGGAAAGUUGGCCCAGAGAUCAACCAGGUCAAAGAUGCCUACAUCAUAGCUGUAGAAGAUGAAGCCAAAAAGAGGCUUGAGAAAAUUUCUUCUCGACACCAAGUUGUCCCAGUGGAUAUGACAAAACUUUCUUGUGAUAGCAGUGCAAGCAGCAGUUCUACCACGACUAGUACUACACGUGCAGAAAUUCUCGUAGACUGUCGUAACUUAGAGAAUCCUGUAUAUGAACCAUCAAUCUUAUCUAGUUCAUCUAAUCAUCAGCUUGUUGGAAAUGGACACCUAGAUCGCACCACAAACAUGAACGGGUUUGCAGAGUUGGACACCCCUCGAAAGGGGAAGAAAAAGGACAGUAAACGUAGCAGUAAGUCCAGCAAUCACAGUGGAAAUGAUUCUCCACUCAUAGAGACUAUCAGUGGACAUAAUGUUCUCAAACGGCGAAGUCAAAACUCCCUCAACAGAUCUCGUGACGAUGUGCAGGAGUUCGAGGAUAGUAUGAGUGAUGCUUAUAUGCAAAAUUCAUUUGAGGUUGAGUUUGACGAUAGUGGUCCUCAUCGUGAAAUGGCUAUUGACUGUCCUGAUGAUUUCCCUCCUGCAGUAAAAUCCCCGCCUCGCUAUCCCCCUCCCUCCCACUCUCAGUCUUCCUCCACACGUUCACUCCCUCGUGCCCCUCCUUCUACCCCUGCCAAGUCCUUAGAUCUUGCCAAUAACACAGCCUCAACAGACAAUACCUUAGAGUUUGUGGCAAAUUCCGUCUCAAACGGCCAUCAGAAUUUAAGUGAGGACCAAGUCGAGCGGAUACGCAAGCACCAAGAAGAGCUACGCAAACGCCGAGAUGAGGAGAUAAGGAGAGCUCGAGAGCAAGAUUUCCUCCGGACUUCGCUAAGAGGUUCCAAGAAACUGCAGGCAUUGGAGACCUCGAUGAAGCAAACACCUGUUGUGGGAGUGGUAAAUACAGCUUACGAGGAGAAUGACGAUGAGGUGGAGGUGCUAGACGAUGGCUUCGGCAGUGCUCGGGGCUCAUCACAGCGGGAAAAAUACAUGAAGAAAAAUAUAGGAGUAGAUGACUUAUUUUCGACGUUGCAUCACAUACAGAGCCGACUUAAUGCUGCUGAAGAGAGGGAUGAACUGUCUUUUCUGAAAAAUUUGUUUCACAGUAGUGAGUUUCAAAAUGCUGUUAAUGUGCAUAGCAAAAUUACACAUAUUUCUCAGCAGUCACCACCCCCUAAACCGGAGUGUACAAAUGCUGUGCAAAUUUCUAAUGAGGUGUUCCAGGCACUGCAGUAUACAGAGUCUCCGUACGCCUCCGAUCUGAUGGACAUGCUCAGUCAGCCAGGGUUACGGAACCUCUUACGAGCCCAUGAUAGCAUAGCAGAACAGACCUCCAAACCAGCCAGUCACGAGAAUGUGGAUGAUUUGCAGGAAUACCCUAUCACCCCUUACGGAGAGGAGACAGUACGCAUUGUCUACCUGGAGAAGACUAGUGAGCCCUUGGGUGCUACUGUACGCAAUGAUGGAGAGGCCAUCAUUGUCGGUCGGAUAGUCAAGGGAGGAACAGCAGACAAGAGCGGUCUGUUACAUGAGGGAGAUGAAAUUCUAGAAGUGAAUGGAGUGGAAAUGAGAGGCAAAAAUAUCAAUGAUGUAUCCGACAUGCUGGCCGACAUGACAGGCACUAUCACAUUCAUGAUCAUUCCUUCUUCCAAUUUUGCCAAAACCUCCCCAAAUGUCCAAGUGAUGCAUGUGAAGGCCCUGUCUAACUAUGAUCCUGAAGAUGAUAUCUUGAUUCCUUGUCGGGAGCUUGGAAUCUCCUUCAUGAAGGGAGAUAUACUCCAUGUGAUCAACCAGGAGGACCCCAACUGGUGGCAGGCAUACCGGGAAGGGGAGGAGGAACACCAGUCACUAGCCGGAUUAAUACCGUCCCGACACUUCAAACAGCAAGUUGAAGCGAACAGGAAAACAUUAGCCGGGGAAAACAAAGAAAAUCAAAAGAAGGGUCGGUCAUGUGCCUGUGGAAAGAAAGACAAAAAGAAAAAAAAGAAAUCAUUAUACAGAGAAACUGAUGAUACAGAGGAGAUUCUUACCUAUGAGGAGGUUGUCCAGUACUUUCCACAACCCAACAAGAAACGUCCAAUUGUUCUGAUAGGUCCACCAAAUGUAGGUCGCCACGAACUUAGACAGAGGCUUAUGGAAGCUGACUUGGACCGAUUUGCAGCUGCUGUUCCUCAUACCAGCCGUCCUCAAGAAGAACAUGAAGUGGAUGGAAAAGAUUACCAUUUUGUACCUCGUGCCAUUUUUGAGGCGGAUAUCAUUGGGAGAAAGUUUAUAGAGCAAGGAGAGUUUCAGAAGGCCUUGUAUGGUACAACAUUUGGUGCUGUCCGACAAGUUAUCAACCAGGGCAAGAUCUGUAUCCUCAACUUACAUGCAGAGACAUUACGAGAGUUAUAUACAUCUGACUUGAAACCAUACGUGAUUCUAGUGUAUCCCCAAAACAUGGAGAAAUUGAGACAGAUUCAGCAACGCCUGGGACAGACCAAAAUCACGGAUGAAGAUCUUAAGGAUACGGUUGAUCGAGCUCGUGAGAUGGAGGACAAGUACGGACAUCUGGUUGACUUCAUCCUCGUCAAUUCAGACAUGGACCUGGCAUAUGAGGAGCUACUAAAAGAAAUCAACCGUAUAGAGGUGGAGCCUCAAUGGGUACCUGCUCACUGGUUGACAGCUGACAGGUGACUCCUCUCACUCAAGACAAGAUAACGAUGUCACAUGAUGGUUUUUCACUGCUUAUUUAUAUAGGCUGGUGACUCCAUCUAUAAUUAGACAAAUUGUCCUCAUUUCCUAGGGAUGAGCAGACAUGAGCUGAUGAGAAAAAGGAGACUCCAAUGUCAUGCGUCAAGUUUUGCAGUUGGCUAUGGAUCAGUCGACUGCCUAAAGACUCCUUUCCAUUGAUCAGUUAUUAGCUACCAAUUCCCCAAGAUAACCAGGAGGUACUACAAAAGUAUAGUCAGCAUAUCAGGAGAGUGAGGAAUCUAUUUAACUAGAUGUAUACCUUGUCUUUGUUAUGUAUUCCCCACGAGAACUUGGUGGCGUUGUUUAAACCCUACACAGUUUUGAUGUGUAACAGUUCUACUGUUAAGGCUUUACACACAAACUGGUAAUGUUACAUAGUAUUCAAAGGAAAAUUGUGGUUUGACUAUCAGCAAUCAAAAUAACAGGGCUAUAACUUAACACUGCUGAAAGCUGGAAUAUGAUGUGCUUGUACUAGAUAACCACUAUACAUUAAUGUAAUCAGGUGAGUGGAGAAAAUGUUUAUAUGCAAGCCCAUUAGCUGUUUUAUACUAGAUUUCAUCAAUCUAUGUAAGAACAUGUAUCAAGUUCUCUGGAGUACAGGAUAUAUCAGAGGUUGUCUAGGAUACAGGAUAUAUCACAGGUUGUCUAGGAUACAGGAUUUAUCAGAAGUUGCCAAGGAUGCAGGAUAUAUCAGAGGUUGUCUAGGAUACAGGAUUUAUCAGAGGUUGUCUAGGAUAUCGGAUAUAUCAGAGGUGGUCUAGGAUACAGUAUAUAUCAGAGAUUUCCUAGGAUGCAGGAUAUAUCAGAGGUUGUCAAGGAUAUCGGAUAUAUCAGAGGUUGUCCAGGAUACAGGAUAUAUCAGAGGUUGUCUACGAUACAGGAUAUCUCAGAGGUUGUCUAGGAUACAGGAUAUAUCAGAGGUUGUCUAGGAUACAGUAUAUAUAUGAGGUUGUCCAGGAUACAGGAUAUCUCGGAGGUUGUCUAGGAUACAGGAUAUAUCAGAGGUUGUCUAGUAUACAGUAUAUAUAUGAGGUUGUCUUGGAUACAGGUUAUAUCAGAGGUUGCCAAGGAUACAGGAUAUAUCAGAGGUUGUCUAGGAUACAGGAUAUAUCAGAGGUUGUCUAGGAUACAGGAUAUAUCAGAGGUUGUCUAGGAUACAGGAUAUAUCAGAGGUUGUCAAGGAUACAGGAUGUAUCAGAGGUUGUCAAGGAUACAGGAUGUAUAAAAGACUGUCCAGGUUACAGGCUGUAUCAUGCAGAUGAUGUCUAGAACACAGGAUAUAUUGGAGGUUGUAAACAAUUUAUCAUAUUGAGGUUGUUUAGGUUAAAGGAUAUGUCAGAGGUUGUCUGGGAUACAAGCACUAAGAAGAUAUAUAACUAGCAUACUUUAUUGAGGAUAUUUGAUUUUUUCAAUUUGACAAAUGAAAAUUAACGAAAAAGUUGAAAGGUUAUUUUAGGUAAAUAUUCAAUGUGGUUUUUUUCUCACUUUUUUUAAACAUUUUAAUGAAAUGUCUUCCAUUUUUCAAGACGUGUUUAUUCAUGCAUGAUUGUAGUCCAGUCCUGUUCUUGUUCCACACUCUACUGAUAUCAAGGAUUAUAUAUAAUCAUAGUACUGUAGGAGUCUGUGAAACUGGAGCAGGACCACACAGUGACUUAUGUAUAACAUUUACGUCCAUGUGUCACGCUUGUUUUUCUUCAUAGAAUUGCAUUCCAUCCAUUCAAUAUUCUAUUUUCUUAUUGUUAGUUACAUUGUUAUCAGACAAUUUAUAUCAACAUAUCACACAGUCAUUUAUUUGUGUUGAACACAGUGCAUGAGAUUGCCUUCAGUCUUGAGGAGGAAAUUUCUUCAUUUCGUCAGAUGACAUCCACAUCAUUUGUUUGAAAAAUCUUGUGUUAGAUAAUUUUUUGAAACUGAGGAAUUGUUAUUGAAGUCAUCUUAACUAUUUUUGGUUCAAUGAUCAUACUUUCUUUGUUUUUAGUUUUAAUGAUUACAAAGAAAUGGUACAUUCAGUAAAUCAAUGAAAAUCUAAAAUACACAUAUAAAUUCAGAUACCUUGGUCAUCAGCAAUGCAUUUGACCUAUGUAGAGCUCUUUAUACUGUGAGGGGUUAAACUUUUGUCCAUAGACAUUUCAGAAGGACUUCAUUAUCUGAAUAUACCAUAUACCCCUUGUGUAAAAUCUAGGUGACUACAUAGAUAUGUCAUUUAUAGUUAUAGCAGCAUGCUCAAGGUUCUGGUGUUAAGAAUCAACAAGAAACUGCACACUUUUUUUUGGCAAAGUUUAAAGGUGAACAAUGUUGAGUUUAUGUGUCUCGGGCACAAUACAUAGAAUGUGAGGACUGUGAUUUCCUACAGAACAAUUCAUCGGUACAUCUAUUGUUUUAUACUCUUUUGUUUUACUGAUACUUUAUUUAACAUGGAUUUGAGUUGUGAGAAUUAUUUAGGAUGGAUUUGAGUUGUGAGAAAUAUUCAGGAAAAUUAUAAUUUAGGAUGGAUUUGAGUUGUAGGAAUUAUUUAGGAGGGAUUUAAGUUGUGAGAAUUAUUUAAGAUGGAUUUGAGUUGUGAGAAAUAUUCAGGAAGAAUUAUAAUUUAGGAUGUAUUUGAGUUGUGAGAAUGGCCUGUAUUUGCCAAAUAUAACUGAGACAAUACUUGAACAGCACAUGCUCACCCAAUGUGAGUUAUGAUCUGACAUGGUUGUGAUCCAGCUCCGAUCCAAAACAAAUCAGAUUUCUUUGUCUCCGCCUAUUAAACUUUUAAAUGUUAUAAACUCAGAGAUCAUUUGAAAAAUUGCCCCAGACAAGAUGAAACUAACAUCAUGUAAAUAUAAUGUACAGUAGUUAAUAGGUGUCAGCCGUGCUCUUAAUGUCAAAAUCAAGAAUUUGACAUCAGGAAUUCGAGAGAGAGAAAAAACACCAGAGGUUAGUUUCUUGAGCUGAAAGUAGUUUUCUCAGUUUCUGUAUUAUGAAUAUGUAAUUAAUAUGGCUAUAUAUGGUUAGAAACUGUCCGAUGUAGGAAAUGAUAGGUCAGUUGUUAUCCUCUAAUCACGGUGCUAUGACAUUUUAACGACUGCCUUGAUGUAAAGUGAUAUGGAAAGUGUUGUAUUGUAUUGUUAGUGUAUUGAUGCACAUUGGUAAUCUAUCAUACCCAUAAACCAUAUAAAAUGUAUCAUGUGAUUGAUUUAUACAGGUGGUUUUAAAGAAGAAACAAAGUGUUUAUCAAAUUACAAUUCCUAAUGAAAAUGAGGGGUGUUGGAGUUUUGACUGGAUCCAAAGCUUACAGAUAUUUUUGGUUGAGUACCAAAGUUUUACAAGGUAGCCCCUAUCUACUGAGUGUCAAUGUUUUUACCAGGAAACCAGUAAAUGCCAGUUCAGAUAUUUUAAUACAAAUUUGCCUUAAUAAAAUGAAUGUAAGCAGUAAUAUAGAUUGAAAUUCUUAAGGUAAUCUCGCUCAAAGGUACCAAGUCAUCUUUUUCAACAAUUUUCAUUUUGCCUAUCUUUUUGGUGUGCCGUCCAUCUUGUUCAAAUCACAACACACUAUAAGUAUAUGUGAUGUCCAUAGUGCUGAUAGCUUGUACGGCACCUCCUGUUUUCAAUCAUGUUAAAUAAUCUGACAUCUUUUCUUUUUUAUUCUUUUGAAUUGAUUGAUCUUUCAAAAUCAUUUUUAAUCAUUUCAGUAAAUAUGCAGGGCUCAAAGAAACUUUUAUAUUAUACAUCAGCUGUUAGAAUUGGAAGAGCAGUUUUCGUCAUUGUUAUGAAUAUCAACAUUUCAACUCAGAAAGAAUUGACUUCCAGACUUUUUUAAAUGGAUCAUGCAAUAACAUUGAACACUCGUUGACACGCGAAACAAAAAUGUGAUAUAUUAUUAACUAAUAGUAUUAAUUUUUUACCAUUUUGACAUAUAAUGAAAUUUCAGUACAGUUUAAUGAUUGAAAUAGGGCUAACUGAAUAAGUACUAGAUAUACAAUAUUGACUAUGUAAUAGGGUGUUACAUUAUUAAGUCUAAUGAGAUAAUGUUUUGUGUAAAUGAAAAUAUUUAAAUAACAUCACUUACAAUGGUUCGCUAUAUAUAUAAAGCACAUCUUUUUAGAUAUCAUCUCUAACAUUUUAACAUGAGAUGGAAGAGGAGAUACACGAGUGUUGUCCAUACGAUAAAGACAGACAUAAGACUGAUUUUAUCAGUACGGUCAUAUAUAGUUGUCUGACAUUUGAUGUCAAGGUUAAACAAGUACUUAACAUAUAAAAGUAAAAUCAGUGUUUGUCGGUGAAGGACUGGUGUCAUCACCCGUGCUGGUCUGAAAUCCCAGGGGACGUUACAAACAUACAGGCACUCAUGCAUGGUGAUGUCCAUUUCGUGUAGAUCAAAUCCCUAACUGUCUGAAAUGAUAUACAUUUUUGUAGAUAUAUUGUGAACAACCCAAUUUAGGGAAAGAUGAUGUGUUUAACAUUGUAUCAAUCUGGAAUAUUGUUGGUCUACUACCUUGUAUUGUGUUAUCCUGGUAGACUAUAUAUUACAGAUGAUACCAUGGACAUUUUAGAUGGAGGAUGAUACAAGGUUAGUACACUUGUAAAACUGCCACCAAACAUCAGAUACGUAGUGUACUGUUGUAGUCAGGGAGGAGAACUUUGUUAUUUUUCUGAAAAGUUUAUUGAACAAAAAACAGUGCAAUGAAUUUAUUUUCUCUCAAGAUUGCAUACAUGUAAGAGAAGAUAGCUGUGUAGAUCACAGUUUUAUGUUUGUAAAUAUGCCAUAACUACAGUGUACAUAGUUUUUUGUAAGAAAAUCCACAAUAUAAUGUAAUCUUAUGAUAUACGGGAUAGGUUUUCUAUUGUAAAUCAUUACGGAUCAUAUAACAAAUACAGUUAUUUUCAUACGCAUAACAGUAACAUAUGACUCAUAACUUAUUCAGACUGUACAAACAUGUACCACAGAUAUUAAAGCUGUUAAACCAGA